AUUUGAGUUCCUAAAUAGUAGAUAUUAAAGUUCCUAAGUAGUAAACAUUUAAAUUCCUAAAUAAUAGAUAUUCGAGUUCCUAAGUAAUAGAUAUUAAAGUUCCUAAGUAGCAGAUAUUCGAGUUCCUGAGCAGUAAACAUUGGAGUUCCUGAGCAACAGACACUGAAGUUCCUAAGCAACAGACAUUCGAGUUCCUGAGCACCAGCGUAGAUAGUUUUAGUGCGCGUGAGGGUGGCCUGGUAAGGCAGCAGUGUCAGUAGUCUCAAUCCUUCAAGAUUGGACAGCUGUGAUAACGAUGUAGCAUUUACUUUGCUUAGAGGCUGAUGGCCAGUACGCAGAGUGCAAUCGAAACUAUGCUAGGUCCAUGGUGUUCUAGGCCGAUGAUGGGUAUCCAUGUAUGGGGGUCGUUGUGGAUGGACUAGAGUUGCAUGAGGGAAAAGAUCUAAGCUAUGUACAGUGGGACACUAGAGAGGUAUUUAUCCCAUACAAAUACAGUCAGCGUGUGGGUGACACGGGCCAUGUCCUCGCUUACACUCAAUACAUCCUAACCCUUAUUGUGAACGUAUUUAGCCCACAAUCUUCACUCAGCACCAUUGGCAAUCUAGCCACACUAGGCUGUAUGCCAACACCCCUUAUGUAUAUAUAUGUAUUCAUGGUAGAAUAGUGAGUCGAAAGUUACCACAAUGACCUCAUGGUACCACAACAGCUCGAAAACGGACCGUGCCAUUAAGCAUGGCCUCAAAUGCAUCCUGGGCCUUGUCCAAGGGAAACGUCUCGACCAUACAGUCUAUUUUCUGUAGCUCGGUAAAUGCUAUGGCUUCCUCGGAGUCUUUGGCAUGACCACUCGGCCAAACUUGGAUCGAGAUACCGUAUUUCAACAUGACGCCGGUGUUGACAGGUAUUUCGCCCGGUACACUCAGCACCAAGAGUUUACCGAGGACCCCAAGGCCGGUGAUCAGAGGCGUGAUUGAAUCGGCCGUGGGCGCUGUCGCAACUACUAAGCUUGCACCUCCCAGGGCCUUCAAGGCUUGGCCGACAUCGCCCUUGUUCGCAUCAAUGUACUCGUGCGCCCCAAGUUGGCGUGCAAACUUUUCCUUUUCUGCGCCUCGUGAUAUGGCUGCAACACGAUAAGCAAAUCGCAAGGGUCCCG